CAGGGUAGAGGCGGAGCUCCCCGUGGAGGGAAAAACCAGCUGGAUCCCGAAAUUUCCAGCAGUGAACCCACCUCGUGCCUCCUUUGCAGGGGCGGGGCCCGGGCAUCUCCAGCCUCUCCCACCUCCGCCCCACUUUAUAAGAGUCGUCGUCACGCUCCAUAUUCCGAACAUCAGUGAGGGUGCCAGGUCCUGCGUGGUGGCGGGGGGGUGACAAAAGCCACCCGCCGCGUAGAGCCGCGCCCGCCGGGGAGGGCGGGCACAGCGGCGUGGAGGCGGCCCGCGGCGCGCCACUGGCUGGGAGCCGAGGCGAGGGGCGAGGGUGGUCCCGGGCUGCUCCCUGACGUCACGGUGCUGACGCCGCCCCUCGCCAGCGAUCGCGGGGCCGCCGGCAGGUAAAACAGCCAGCCCACGGGAUCGGGAUCCGAAUCGGUCAGCCACAAUGCUGCUGUUGAACCGAACUGUGGUCACCGGGCUCCGGCAGGCCCGCAGGCUGACGACAGCCUCCAGGCUCUGCGCGCAGGUCUGCUCCACAGAUGAUUCGUUUCAGCCGCAGCUCGGCCGCUUCACCCCUGCGGGGGGUAACUCCAGCACCGGGGGGUGGAGAGUCCUGGGAGCCCUGCUCGGCUUCGGUGCAGCUUUUGCUUAUCAUGAUCACCGGUGCAGAGCUGCUAAGGAGACGUCACGCAUAUAUACAAGGGAGGAAGUGAAAGCCCACUCCUCUCCGGAGACCAGGGUCUGGGUGACUCUGGGCAACGAGGUCUUUGACGUCACUGAGUUUGUGGCUCUCCACCCGGGGGGGCCAUCAAAGCUGAUGCUAGCAGCUGGAGGUCCCCUCGAGCCCUUCUGGGCCCUCUAUGCCGUUCACAACCAGUCCCACGUGCGAGAGUUACUGGCUGAGUACAAAAUUGGCGAGCUGAGUCCCGAAGACAAGGCCCCCCCCACCUUGAAGACCUCUGACCCUUAUGCUGGUGACCCUGCCCGCCACCCGGCCCUGACUGUCAACAGCCAGCGCCCCUUCAACGCCGAGCCCCCGCCUGGGCUGCUGACGGACAAGUACAUCACACCCAACUCUAUCUUCUUCACCCGGAACCAUCUGCCCGUCCCUAACCUGGACCCAAAGACCUACCGCCUGCAGGUCGUAGGGGCACAUCGGGGUAAGUCACUGUCCCUCUCCCUGGAUGACUUGCGCCGCUUCCCCAAACACGAGAUCACCGUGACCCUGCAGUGUGCCGGCAACCGGCGCUCUGAGAUGACUCGGUUCAAAGAAGUGAAGGGUCUGGACUGGAGGAUCGGGGCCAUCAGCACUGCACGCUGGGCCGGGGCGCGGCUCUGCGAUGUGUUAGCCAAGGCCGGUUACCAGCUCUCCGACUCGGAGGCCCACGUCUGCUUCGAGGGGCUGGAUGCGGACCCCACUGGAACUGCCUAUGGAGCCUCCAUCCCUCUGGCUCGAGCCAUGAACCCCGAAGCGGAGGUGCUGCUGGCCUACGAGAUGAAUGGCGAGCCGCUGCCCCGAGACCACGGCUUCCCCGUCCGGGUGGUGGUCCCUGGGGUGGUGGGUGCCCGCCACGUCAAGUGGCUGGGCAAAGUGAGCGUGGAGCCAGAGGAGAGUCCCAGCCACUGGCAGCGGCGGGAUUACAAGGGCUUCUCUCCCUCCGUGGACUGGGACACGGUGGAUUUUGACUCGGCUCCAUCCAUUCAGGAACUUCCCGUGCAGUCAGCCAUCACUGAGCCCCAAAACGGGGCCACGGUCGAGUCAGGAGAGGUGACGGUCAAGGGCUAUGCGUGGAGCGGGGGCGGAAGAGCGGUGGUCCGGGUGGACGUGUCGCUGGACGGGGGCCUCACCUGGCAGACCGCUACGCUGGAUGACGAGGAGCAGCGGCCCCGGAAGGCCUGGGCCUGGCGGCUGUGGCAGCUGCAGGCCCCGGUGCCAGCUGGAAAGAAGGAACUGAACAUUGUUUGCAAGGCUGUGGAUGACAGCUACAACGUGCAGCCAGACACGGUGGCCCCCAUCUGGAACCUACGAGGUGUCCUCAGCAAUGCAUGGCACCGCGUUCAUGUCCGUGUGGCCCGUAAGUGAGAGAGAACCGUUUCCUCCCCCAACACGCCUCCUAACCCCUCCCCACACCCAUUCAACAUCCUUCGGCCUUACUGCAGCAGCAGAAAAGACUUGUCCCUUCGCCUUUUCACUUCCUGGAUCACAGCCCUGCCUCUUUCUACCCUGGCUCUGACACCACUACCCCCACCUGGCCCCUGGCCCUCUCCCGUGAGCCGAGGGCUGCUGUUCUAAGCACUUCUGGAGCCGGACACCAUUCAGUGCUUUUCUCAUCCCGCCCCACCUCCCAUGCCUGUCACCGACGAGGCCUUUUGAGAAUCUAUGUGGGCAUGUGUCCCAAAGUUUUCACAGCUGUCAGGGAUUGUGAGGGGCACACCCCUCUUCUUUACAAAUCGUGGAAGUUUUCUAAAUACAUAAAUAAAAUAUGUUUUAAGACUA